UGUUGGCGACUAUGUUAUCUGACUUAUCGCUUGUGUUUUUGUAACCUCCAAUUUCAAGUUCAUUUUUUAUAACAAAAAAUCUAAUUUAAAGCUAGUUGUUAGAAGAUAAAAUUUCUAGAUAAAAAAUAAUUGUUUACAAUGGGUCGACAAAAGAACCAGCCUGCAAAAUUAAAAAACACAGAUGAAGAUUUUGGCUUUCGAAAGCCAAUAGAUUACAUUCCAAUUAAAAAACGAAGAAAUAAGAAAGGAAAAGGUUCUUCAGGACCUUGUUAUAAAAUAAUUUUACCUUCUGGCCGAAACGAAGAGUUUUAUUUGGGGGACAUGCUAGUUGGAAGCACAAAUAAUGAACUUCCAGAAAGUUGGAAGUCUUGCAGUAUUAGUUUUGUGAGUGCAGAUUUACAACAUUUGGUUAUUAACUUGGAUUCCACGUCCGUUGUAGUUCAAGUAAUACCAGAACACGAUAUAAUUAAAGAAAUUAUAAUUACGAAAAUUUUUGCGAUCAGUGUGAGUCUUGUUGAGGGUAGUGUGUUUUUUAAGCUUUACUUCUGUAAUUUACCACUGCCAAAAUUUAAUAAAAAAGUAGGAUCUUGUGUUCAAACAGUAUUAACGCUUUUGGGAUACACUCCGGAGUGUCCUGAAGAUGUAGGUGAUAAUGAUGUAGAUAUGUCCAGUAAUUGCACACUCACUCAAUUGUAUAAAAAUAUACGAAAAACACGCGAAACACACUUAAAUCUUGGCUGUGCUGACGUUCAAGACUCGAGACUUAAGCCUCAGCUCAGGCCUUAUCAGGCCGAUGCGGUUCGGUGGAUGUUAUACAGAGAGAAGAAAUUGGAGGAUGCUCAAGACGAGCUGCAUCCUUUAUAUUCUGUGAUAAAACUAAAAUCGGGCCUCGAAAUUUAUUUUGAUAAAUAUUCAGGCUUUGUUGACACCACCAAACCAAUCGUAGACCCAUCAAGCAGGGGCGGUAUUUUAGCAGACGAGAUGGGUUUAGGCAAAACUGUGGAAGUUCUCGCCUGCAUCCUCCUCCACCCGAAACCUGAUGGAGCCCCCAAGCCCCUUGAUCUGGAGAAAACCCCAACUGUGGACCUCGUAAACCGAAAACGCCGAAUCCUGACCCAAAAACCAGUUAGCACACCCCAAAAAUUAAAAAUCUCGGAAAGUUGCGUCAAACCCAGUGGAAGAAAAUCAGAAAAGUAUAUUGCUCUCGAAAUGUGGUACAACUCGGUUCUGCAGAGCGCCGUGCCCAAGGUCGCCCCCAGCCCGCCGGAGCCCGCCCUCCAGUGCAUAUGCGGGGGCGCGGACGACGAGGGCAGCGUCACUUGCACCGAGUGCGGCAAAAUGCAGCACGGGGCUUGUCUGGGGUACAGCACACAGCUGGGGCCUUACAUAUGCCCCCAGUGUUGGCUGAGCCAGCCCCAAAUCGAAUGCAAAGCCACCCUCAUUGUCUCGCCUAUCUCUUUGCGAACGCAGUGGUGUAAGGAGAUCUGCAGGCAUGUGAGGGGCGAUUUCAAGGUUUUGCAAUAUGGGGGCUCCUCAGUCACUCCGGUGUACCCAACUGCGUUGACUAGUUACGACGUUGUGAUAACCACGUACAAUGUUUUGCAGACUGAGUUAAAAUUAACCGAAACUGAGAAAGCUUUGUCUUUGAGACAUCAGCGCCGGUAUUCGGCCCCUGGGAGUCCCCUAACUACGGUCAAGUGGUGGCGGCUGUGUUUGGACGAAGCACAAACUGUUGAGACGCCAACAAGCAUGGUUUCAGCAAUGGCCAAGAAAUUAAACGCUUAUUUCAGGUGGGCCGUCACUGGAACCCCCAUUUCAAAGGACAUUUCAGAUUUGCACGGCCUGAUCGAUUACCUACAAAUAGAGCCGUACAAUGACAAGUUUACGUGGGAACAGUUAUUAUUUAAGCUGUACGUUCGGGGAAACCCCGAGCCAAUGCUCAAAUUUCUAUCUGAAGUACUAUGGCGUUCUUCUAAGGACGAAAUUAUUGAUCAAAUAAAUAUCCCGAAACAAACAAUAAUAGAGCACUGGUUGAGUUUUUCCGCUGUUGAGCAGUACUUUUAUAAAUGUGAGCACCAAACAAGCCGUGAGGCAUUUUCGAAUAAAGUCAGGACUUACGAACCGGAUUUGCCUUUGACAUCAUUGGAUAGAAGUUCAUUGAAAAGUGUUCUUGCACCUUUAUUGUCCCUUCGUCAAGUUUGUACGUACCCGAAUUCGGCACACACCAAGUAUUUAAUAACGAAAAAACCAGUCAAAUCGAUGAAGGAUCUCCUUGACGCACUUAUAGCCCGUAAUGUAAAUGAGUGUGAAGAGCAUUUGCGAGUUAUUUUGAGUUCUUUAAACGGACUUGCCGGUAUUUAUUUGCUCCUCGAAGCUCCAGAACAAGCAAUUGAGCAGUACCGUGAGGUGUUACAGUUAUACACCCGUUUUACUGAAGAAGAAAAAAUUUCUAAAUUAAAUGUUGAUAAGUUACAAGUCGUCCACACUAUGCAUAAUCUCGCGGAAAUUCUCGAUGCGAAUCCGGGAAAAUUCGCCAGGACCUUGCGAGAUGAAAACCUGCGAAAGGACUGUGCAGAUCUAGAGCAAAAAUAUAUAGAGCGGUUUAUCAACCAGAGUAUGGCUGUCCUUCAGGACGUUUUAUUAAUUUCCGGAAACAUUGAAAAACUGCAAAAUAGUUUUAUCCUCGCCCCCGGGAAAUGGUACAGCGAUUUGUUGGACUGGAUCUACAUCCACAGCUACGAGCAAGAACUGCACACCAAAAUCAUGAAUUUGCACAGCGAUGCCAACGUGAAAUGCACCGUAGAGUCCCAAAGUCCCAGAACAUUGAUUUAUUGCAUUGCCACUUGGGACGAAAACAUAUCAGAACUGCGCGAAACCACAAUCGAAGUCGUCAAUGAUUUAUACACCCACUGUCCUGACGACGAAUUUAAAAUAAUAAUCGCUCAAGAGUUGGUACAAAAAGCCACAGACUGCCACCUCCGCCCUCAGAAAAAGUCCAAAAGUAGGAAAAAAUGCCCGGUUUGUGUGGCUAACGACCACCUGAAAGCCUACGAACUCAAGUUAUUCGCAAUGUCGAAACGAACGGAGACUUUCGUGGAUAUGUCGCUUAAGGGGAGCUGGAAACCGACACCGGAAGAACUCAUUUUCAAAUCAAUACUAGCGGUCGGCCGGUCGAAGAACGCUGACGCCACUUUGUUAAAAGACGGUGAAGUUCAUAUAAAUAUUUUAGAAACCCUCAAGAAAGAGUUUAAAGAAGUGAGAAAGUUGUGGACGUACCUAGAGCAACAAAUAUGUGCACAGGACGAGCUGGACAUGUGCAAAAUUCGCUUGAGGCUCAAGGAAGCUAACGAGGAGGAGAAGCAAAACAAAAUUUUGCAAAACUUGAAUUACAAUAUUGUGAAUAAGUUGGAGACUAUUCACGUUUUGGACGUGCACGAGGUCGGUUACCAAAGAACCGUUUUACAUUCGGAGGAGAACCGGAACAAGGCUCUCCUAGAGAAAAAUUUAGGGACAAGGAGUUACUUGGAGACGUUGCGGACGCAACAGUAUGAGGAUCAACCGCCUGACCCUUGCCCCAUCUGCAAAAAUUGUUUGGAGAAGCAGUGGUCGAUUUUGUCGUGUGGCCAUUGCUAUUGUUUGGAGUGCAUCCAACUUCUGAUUGAUCAGACCAAGGGUCACCACGUGCAAUGCUCCGUUUGUCGUUCGUAUCACCUAACAAGUGAGAUUUCUUAUAUAAAACCGGGGGAGCACCAAACCGUCCCCGAGAGUGAAAAAAUCGCCGGGAAUUACUCAACAAAAGUCGAAAGUAUCGUCCGUUUAAUUUUAAAAUUGAGACUCGAAGAUGAGGACGUCAAGAUCUUGCUUUUUUCGACUUGGAUCCCUGUUUUGUCGUACAUUAGGGAAGCCUUGACUAAGAAUAGUGUCACGUCCGAAUUAAUCACUUCUGGUAAUUUGGAAAAACAGAUUGAAAAAUUUAAGGAUGCUGAUCAAAAUAUUACGGUCCUCCUUUUGCCUAUAAAUCUCGGCGGUAAGGGACUUAACUUGAUUGAAGCCACUCAUGUAAUACUGACCGAGCCUUUGCUCAAUCCGGGCGAGGAGCUUCAAGCUAUUGGCCGAGUUCAUCGGAUUGGCCAGACCAGACCGACUGUUGUCCACAAGUUUUUCAUAAAACACACGAUUGAGGAAAGUAUACAGAAGGCAGUAAGCACCGAUGCGAAAAAUUGGGAGAAGAAUAAAGUUACCCUAGGGCAGUUGGUAGAUUUGUUUGUCACCGAUGAUGCUUCCGAAGAACAACAAAAUGAAAAUUCCGACUUGUAGUUUUUGUACUUAUUUCAAUGUUUCAAUAAAGUUUUACAUUUUUA